CCCGGGGGCCCACAGCCGAGGUGCUGAAUGCGGAGAUAAGCGUAUUUAAGAGGAAGAUGACCGGGAGGAGGAGGAGGAGAGAGGAUGGAGAGGGAGUGGGACCCGGAUGCUGAUGCGAGCGAGACGAAGGGAGGAAGGAAGGAAGAGGAGAGAGAAAAUAUCGAUUUACGGCAAGGAAAGGCGAAGCGGGUCUGAAACGGGAGGGGGGCCUAUCUUACCCUGCGUGAACCGUAAUCAGAAGUGAGGAGGGGGGACACGGGCCUCCAUUACGGCCCCGAUCUGCGGAUCCGUGUUUGUUUUUUUUGCACCUGUGUAUCCGCCGGUGAGAGGAGGAGGAGGGAGGAGGAGGGAGGAGGACACGCCAGAGGAGAAGAUGCUGUGAUCUUCGCAGGGAUGUAGCGACGAGGAGGGAGGAGAGCGAGAGAGAGAGAGAGAGAGAGAGAGAGAGAGAGGACACCACGCUAAGAAGAUGGUUGUUUUGCGGGGGGUGCGCGGUUCACCACGGAUUAUUGCGGGAGCGCGGCGGCCGGCCGACGAAUCCAACCGUUUGGCGACGCCCGGAAACUUCGGGAGGCGUCGGCUCUUCUGACCGGCGGCCGUCCGUCCGUCGGCGGCUAACUCCGAGCUAGCUCCGCCGCUGUGUGGGAGAGCGGCGGCCACGGCUAAAACACAUAGCAUGUUGUUGUUGCACCUGUGAAAUAGGCCUGACGAGAUCGAGAGAGAGAGGAUAUCGAAUCCACGCAAUUCCCCGUGUUUAUCAUCCACUCUGCGUGUUUUUUUUGACGUUUCGUUGCUCGACUCAACCACCAAAUGACAUUAAUUACACGGGGGGGGGAAACCCGCUUGUUUCGAUGUUAUAUCGUCUUUAUAUAUAGUUAGCGAGCUAUACAGGUAAGCUAAUGUACAGAGGUCCAACUCAUCGGUUGUCAUGUUUAUCUUUAGGCCAGCGGUUGGUAUUUGACGCGUCAGAACAGCCUCGCAACUCAGCCUCACCUCUGCUUCGGCGAGCUAGAGGCUAAAGAUAAGUAGCUUGUUUAUUAGCUGGAGGAUGCUCAUUUCUCACCCACACGUUGCAAAUCAGCACCGGUCCCUCCUGGGCGUCCCCGCCGCGACCAGAGGGCUCUUUUUCUAAGUUGAGCACCAUCUUGCAUCCCGCGACAACUUCUGUGCAAGCUGUGCAGCGCAUAUCGAGAGUGAACCCGCAACAAUCGCUGUCAUUAGCCUCCAGUGAGAGCAGUAUGAGUAAGGAACUGUCUCUCGGUCAGUCAGCUCAAUAUGUUGGGCCCUACAGACUGGAGAAAACGCUGGGGAAGGGACAGACAGGACUGGUCAAGCUCGGGGUCCACUGUAUUACGGGUCAAAAGGUCGCGAUCAAAAUAGUCAACAGAGAGAAGCUGUCGGAGUCGGUCUUGAUGAAGGUUGAAAGGGAGAUUGCCAUUCUGAAACUGAUUGAGCAUCCGCAUGUGUUGAAGCUGCAUGAUGUUUACGAGAAUAACAAAUACCUGUACCUGGUGCUGGAGCAUGUGUCCGGAGGAGAGCUGUUCGACUACCUGGUGAAGAAAGGCCGGCUGACUCCGAAAGAGGCCAGGAAGUUCUUCAGGCAGAUCAUCUCUGCUUUGGAUUUCUGCCACAGUCACUCCAUCUGUCACAGAGACCUGAAGCCUGAGAACUUGCUCCUGGAUGAAAAGAACAACAUCCGAAUCGCUGACUUUGGCAUGGCCUCCCUCCAGGUGGGAGACAGUCUGUUGGAGACCAGCUGUGGAUCACCACAUUAUGCGUGCCCUGAAGUUAUACGGGGGGAGAAAUAUGAUGGGCGGAGAGCCGAUGUGUGGAGCUGUGGGGUCAUCCUGUUUGCUCUACUGGUGGGCGCCCUGCCUUUUGAUCAUGACAACUUACGUCAGCUCCUAGAGAAGGUGAAGAGUGGGGUGUUCCACAUGCCCCACUUCAUCCCCCCGGACUGCCAGUCUCUGCUCAAGGGUAUGAUCGAGGUCAACCCUGAAAAAAGGCUCACGCUCGAGGCCAUCCAGAAACACGCCUGGUAUCAGGGUGGUCGAAACGAGCCGUGUCCUGAGCAGCCUCCUCCCAGGCGAGUGUGUGUGAGGCGAAUCUUGUCCCUGACUGAGCUGGACCCAGAUGUGUUGGACAGCAUGCACUCGCUGGGCUGUUUCCGAGACAGAGUCAAGCUCACACGUGACUUGCAAUGUGAAGAAGAAAAUCAGGAGAAGAUGAUCUAUUACCUACUGCUGGACAGGAAAGAGCGUUACCCCAGCUAUGAGGACGAGGACUUGCCUCCGCGCAAUGACGUAGGUCAGUCUUUAGGGGGCAGGAGGGAUCCACUGGAGGCAGGGAGCUGCUUUUCUCAGCCUCACGUCUCAGAGAAGCAAGUGCACCACACUGGGAGGCUGGUGCAAUACUCCGCAGACCCUCCUCGAAAGCGGGUUGACUCUCCCAUGCUGACGCGCCACGGCCGCUGUCGCCCCGAGAGGAAAAGUCUUGAAGUGCUGAGUGUUACAGAACAGGGGUCUCCCACCCCGCCUCGCAGGGCCCUGGAUACAGCUGCACACAGUCAGAGGUCUCGCUCGGUGAGCGGAGCCUCCACUGGUCUCUCCUCCAGCCCCCUCAGCAGUCCCCGGUCCUAUCAAAGCCCCGUCUUCACUUUCAGCCAAUCAGAUGUCACCUCCGCCACCGCUACCCUCCUCACAAAGGAGACCAAACAGGGAACCAUCACCACACCUCGCUCAGCACGGGCUCACGACAAGCCCAAAGCUCCCCCCAACCCAAAGACCCAGACCCUGCCCAGCAAGGGACCCGCCGACCGACCCCACCUGCAGCCCAUCAAAUCCCUGCCUCUGCACAACCCAUCCUCCCGCUCCCCCUCUCCGCUUCUGUCACCCAUCCCCCGUUUCUUCUUCCCCUCGUCCUCUGUCCUUAAGUCAGUGACUAAGAGCUUCUACCCAAACUCUGCCCACUCUGUGCCGCAGGUUACCCCCCAAGGCUCUCCACUGCCCACACCCCUGGGCACCCCUGUCCACCACCCUCACCACCCCUCCUCCACCCCGCCCUCCUCCUCCUCAUCCUCGUCCUCUUCGCGGGCGGAGGGUGGGGGAGGUGUGGGCUCGCUCUCGCUGACCCCGCCCUCCAGUCCAGGAGGGGGAAGCGGCAUGGCGGCAAGCAGCUCUGCUCACUGGAGGACUCGUCUCAAUUCAUUCAAGAACAACCUGCUGGGCUCGCCGCGUUUCCAUCGCCGCAAGCUGCAAGAUUUGUCUCCAUCAGUUCCUACAUCAGAAGACAUGUCCAGUCUAACACCAGAAUCUAGCCCUGAGCUGGCUAAGAAGUCAUGGUUUGGAAACUUCAUCGGCUUAGAGAAAGAGGAGCAGAUCUUCGUGGUCAUCAGAGACAAACCUCUUAGUUCUGUCAAAGCCGACAUUGUGCACGCCUUCCUGUCUAUCCCAUCGCUCAGUCACAGCGUCCUUUCCCAGACCAGCUUCAGGGCCGAGUACAAGUCCUCCGGCGGCCCCUCCGUCUUCCAGAAGCCCGUCAAGUUCCAGGUGGACAUUGCCUUCUCAGAGGGCGAGAGAGAGCGGGACAGGGAGAGGACCGAGAGGGAGGGCAGGAGGGAGACAGGAAUCUACAGCGUGACGUUCACCCUCAUAUCAGGUCCAAGUCGCAGGUUCAGACGAGUGGUGGAAACGAUUCAAGCCCAGCUUCUCAGCUCCCAUGAUCAACCCAUGGGGCAAGCCCUAUCUGAUCCCUUCCCAGAUGAGAAGAACGGCCGGCCCCACGGGACCCCCACCCGCCAAAACUCGAGACGCUCCGAGGGUGGGGGCGACAGGUGUGAGUGGGGAGACCGAACAGACGGAGGAGGCAUCGGAGGCAGCGGGGGAGUCCUGCAGCGCAGAGGCUCAGCAAAAGAGAGAACCCGACUGCUGUCCUCCAACGGAACCCAGUCCCAGCCGUAGGAUAGAAAGUGAGACCAUGCAGCAGGAUGCUUGAACUACACCCGAGAGACGACAGUGUAACUCCAUCUCAACGUAUCCCUGCAAGCCAUGAGCUACUCCUCUUCUUCCUUGACUAAGUUAAUGAAGGUGCUUGACCAUAGCAAGGAUUGAGCCUUUUCCCUCCGUCGUGUUUUUUUUUCCAACUCAUCAUUCUCUUGAUCUUUUGGAUCAUCAGGAUUCCUUCCCUUAAACGAGAAAGAAGUGUUAGGGAAUCACCCUUUAAUGAAAAAAAACAAAACUUUGUGAAUGAGCAGUUUGGUAUCCAUCAUAGAUACAGCUUCACAGAUCAAACUAGGAAAUUUUGAAGUGCUAAUGUGCAUGCCAGUUAGCAAAUCAGCCAGUUAAAGGAUGCUGACCUGAUCAGAUAGGCUAGUCUACCAUAUCAUUGUUAUACAGUUUCUGACACCAAAAAGAAAUAACGGUCUUGUUCUCAAGAUUCAAAUUAACCAGUGCGCUCAUAUCACUAUCAAGCAACACGCAAUUAUCAGUCCAUACUGAAAGACAUAUAGAUGUAACCUCAGCAGAGGAACCCUAAACGUUAGCAGCCUGCUACCACUUCAGCGACGAGCUGAGUUUAAAGGUCCUGAUUUUCUCAGAAGAAACGACACGCUGGGAUCCCUGCUGUGUCCUCUCCCGAGGUAAAGAAAACCAACAAAGUAAGCUAAGUAAGUGAAUGUGAAAAAAAAGAUAUUUUUUUAUUUAGUUUUAUUUAUUUAUGUUUACAUGUUUCUUGGAAGAUGUCAGUAGCACAGUGAUAGCAGUACAGACAGUAACUAAAAACACUGCAGUGUUAAAGGGGGAAGCUGACAUUUUUGUUUUUUGGACAGGAAUUAGUUUCAAGUUUAACAUUUUCGAUUCUUUUGUAUUAUUAUGAUUUUUUGCUCAGAGACAAUAUGAAACAAUGCUUCUAAGAGUUUGGCAUUGGACUCCUGUUGCUCUGAAGAAAAGUAUUUUUUGAUUUGAACAGAAAUAUGAACAUUACUAUAUGAAGAAGAAAAAAAAAAAAACACUAUGCGUGAAUAGUUCCAUGAACCUCAUCACAGCUGUUUGUGCCCAGAUUGAAUGAGAAGAAGAGCAUUCCUGACCUGUGGAUCAAACAAAGGCCACCAUUCUCGUGGAGCUUGUCUCCUAUCGCCAUAGUAUUCACGUACUGACUCUGAACAAUAUGAAAUGAAAAGAGGAAAAAAAAAGGACUCACAAAGGAAAUUCAUCCUCGGACAUUUACAUCAUAAAAAGCUUUCAGCGUCAAUUCCUCGUUGAACGGGACUUCAGAAUAGGAAGCGAGCAGAGAGCCUCCUAACCCCACGCUCCUCACGUCAGUGUUCACCAACGAGCCAAGUAGUCCAUCGCCACACCCACGCUCACCACCGAGAGUCGCACCAUUCGGCAAACAGACGUAGCAACUCGGACGAUCACGUGUUCCUCCAGUACUCUAUCAGACUAGUCGACGUUCAUCACCAGUCUUCCAUACAGCACAAUAUGCAACAAAAGUGCAGAACGUUUUCAGAGAGAUACACACUGCUACAUUUUAAUGCUAACUUCUUUUGUUGUUUUUAUAUUUGCCGACUUAUCUAUCCAUCUAUUUAUUGAUUUGUAUUUAUGUAUUUAUGUGAUCAUGUGGAUGUUUGUGUCAUGUGUUUGUUUACAAAGUAGAUUUUAAGCCAACAAAACUAUAUCAAGAGCCAACUCAAGAAACCUGCUCGGUUUCAUUUCUCACCAUUAUUCUUUUUUGGAGAAUUUCCCUCCACGACUUCAAUAGCAGUGCCGACGGAUCGUCUGUUUGUUUAUAGCUCACAUUUCAUCACGCUUAUCCCUGGUAACCGGAAUGUGUGCGUGAGACGGGUGGAUGAUGGCUGACUGAGAGCGAAACUUUGUGGCCGCUGAGUAGGCGAGGAGAUUUUAACUGACCCAAGAAUAUUCAAUUCAUUAAUAACAUUGCCAAACCCUAACAGGUACAUCAUUUCUCUUGCUAAUUUGCUUCAUCUCCUGCCGUUAUGCCUCGUUCCCUUGUCUGUCCGCCUCUUUACCCCGUUGUGUAGCCAUCAUCACAAGAGAAACUGUACCAAGUUGUUUGCCUCACUGUCCGCACACACACUUUAUGAUUGCUUCACGAUCAUCGGUUUCAUCUAUUUCCUCACCACGUCACCUUCACUUUCAUUGGCCCAACUCUGGCUAAGAUUGUAAACUAUUCUCCAUCCAUAAAGGGUCAGUAGAAUAAGGUGUUUAAAAAAAAGAAAUGUCUGUAUCAUAAUUUAAAUAUAAAAAGUGCACUAUUAUAACUAUUGCCUGUGAUAAAAAGAACAAUUAUGAUUGAAUUGACGGUCAAAAUAAAGAGAGAUCCACCUUAUUGUUAUGGUUACAAUAAUAAACCCUAAAUUCAUG